AUGGCUUUCCAGAUAUUGGAAAAAGUUGUAGUCUUUCUUAUCUUUUCCAACUGUGGCUUUACACGAGUUUUCCUGAGCCUAUACUUACCAGUCUUAGUUUUGACGGUUUCUGAGCCGUCAGAUGAGAUAAUCCUCGGAUUAUUCGCAGGUGGACACGUGUUGAUCGAGGAUAGGGUUAUCACGAGACCACGUGUUUCAGGAAAACCUGAAAUCAACCAAUGGGCAUUUGUUUUCAAUAUCUGCUUUUACAAUUUGGACUAUUAUAGAGGCUUGUGGCUUUCUUUUGCACGGGGAAUGAUCCUUUGCAAUGAAAAGUUCAAAUGCUUAACAAACGAGCUGUUAUCGAACACGAAGAACUCGAACGAGCUUUGUUCGCGAACGCCGGUUCAAAUAAUAGCCCUACAUAAAGAUAAGAUGUUCAAGAGAAGUGAGAAAAAGAUCAAAGCAGUCUUCAAGAUGCAAUUUCAGGCAACACAGGUGCCUCAGCUGAAAGCGAAAAAGCUGAUGAUAUCUCUAGUCCCGGUAGAUGUAGGAAAACCGACAGUCAGGCUAGCGAAAGUGCCGAUUGUCGAAGGAAUCUGCACAUGGGAAAGCCCGGUUUAUGAAACAGUGAAGUUAGUCCAGGAGAUCAAAACAGGACGAAUCAGAGAAAAAUUUUACUAUGUGAUUGUGUCUACAGGGUCGUCAAAAGCCGGCUUUUUGGGAGAGGUUUCGCUCGAUUUUGCAGAUCUAGCAGAGGCUACCAAACCAUUGAAUUUAACUCUGCCUUUACAGACGUCGAAAUCUGGUGCAAUAUUACAUGUCACAGUUCAGAGGAUGCAAGGAGGACCUGAUUCAAGACAUGAUGAUGAUAGUGAAGCACCAGAGGAUGAAUCAAAUGAUCAAAACAUGGGUUCCUACAGUUUUGACAAGAGAAACCCGAAAUCUUCUAAUAGUGAUGACUUGAGUGAAUCGUCAACUCCGCAUGACGAACAAAAUGGAAGCUUAGAAGAUGCUUUAUCAGAUUACAAUGAUGGUGAAGCAAGAGAUGGAGUAAGAGAAGCUUCGAAUAAUAAUACUUCAGGAAGGUUGACCAAUCAAAUGAAGAUAGUCGAGCGGAAGGCAGAACUUGCAGAGUUGGAAGUGCAAUCCCUACGCAAGCAUAUUAUGAAGGAAACACAAAGAGGGCAACAAUUGGCUGAGCAAAUUGUUCGUCUAAAAGAGGAAAAAGAUGCCCUCAGAGCAGAGUGUGAAAGAGUUAAAUCCUCAUCAGCAAUCAAGAAUGAGGAGGAAGCAUUUUCUGCUCCCACACAAAAAGAGAUUGGAAAUUUGAGAAGCUCGCUCGACAAUGUCAAGCAAGAGCUCCAACGUCAGAGAGAUUUGAAUAAGAAAUUGAAGUCACAACUGCAGAAAGCGGAAGAUUCAAAUUCAGAAUUUGUUCUUGCAAUGAGAGAUCUCAGCAAAAAAUUGGACCAGAAAAAUACGGAAAUAUCGCGACUCUCCAGCAAAAUUAAGUCCCUCGACAGUGGAUCAGACGCCUUCUUUGAAGCGUCACCCAGAACAAAUGGGAGCUUUAAUGAGGAUAGCAGAGGAUCAGAUGAUUCGGGCAGCAAACGUGGAAAUAUUGAUGAAUUAGAAAAGUUGAAGCAGAAAAUUGACGACCUCUAUUCCAAAAUAGAAGUUCACAAGAAAGAGAAAGCGGAGAUGCAAAUGGAUCUAGAGAGGCUUGCUCUGGAUUACGAAAAUUUAGAGAUGGAGAACAAGGACAUGAGCUCGAAAAUAGAGCAAGGCGAAAAGGAAAAGAUGGAAAUUCAGCAAAGUUAUACCGAAUCCUUGGCUACAGAGAGGACCCUUAAACAACAGGUAGCAAGCUUGGAGGCAGAAAACAAAAGGAAAUCACUUCAAUACUCCGAGUCUCUGGAUAUGAUUGACGAGCUCGAGUUCCAGGUCGAGAGCCUGCAGAAAGAGCUGGAAAAGCAGGCACAAGUUUUUGAGGACGGUCUUCAAGCAUUAACAGAAGCAAAAUAUGAGCAGGAACAAAAGGCCAUUAGAGCCGAGGAAGCUUUAAGAAAAGCUAGGUGGAGCAAUAAAAAUGUAACCGAGCGACUUCAGGAGGAAUUCACUCAGAUUUCUGCUGAGAUGUCGCUGAAAAUCGAGGAGAACGAGAUUCUAGCACAGGAAGCGGUUACAGAAGCUAAUGAUUUGCGCCAGAAGAAUGAAGUUCUAGAAGAAGAUCUCCAGAAAGCAAAAGAAGAACUUCGAAUAAUGAAAGACCAGUACGAAACAAUACUUCGAGAGCGCUCAGAGCAAAAUGAUUCAAUUGCUGGAAUCAGCAAACAGUCUGAAGCAAUGGAAGAACCAGAGACAUUCCAGAGGUGGAAAUUGGAGAAGGAUGAUCUGGAGAGGCGACUAGCUUCAGUGAGGAUAGAAGCAGAAAACUUGAUGCAGGAAAAUGAUUCCAUGAAGUCUCAGAUAGAUCUGAAAAAAACAAAAGAAGAUAACUUGCUUUUAGAAGUGAAAAAAUUAAGAGUCAAGAACAAUGAAGUCAGGAGUCUUAUGCUCGAAGUACAGUUGGAGAAUGAAGGCCUGAAGAAAGAGGUGUCCAAAUUACAGGAGAGCUUACACAAGCAGGAACAGGAAAAGGAGAGAGCUAUGAAACAACAUUCUAUUACUUCACCACUGAAGGAAAAGAGUAUUAAAUACAAUACCAAAGAAGAGCAGAACAGUGUGGAAAGAGAUUGCAUACAGGCGGUCCCUGCAAAUCAAUUGGAACAGGAGACUAUGCCAGCAGACCAUAUUGGAAAGUAUGCUUUAAACAAGAAUGAGCAGUCUGAAGGUAGUUGUGAUGGUUCCAGCUUGUUAAGCGAAGUAGCAUCCUUAAAGGAAAGAAACAAAAGCAUGGAAGACGAAUUGAAAGAAAUGCGUGAAAGAUAUUCAGAAAUAAGUCUCAGAUUUGCAGAGGUAGAAGGUGAAAGGCAACAACUUGUCAUGGCCGUUCGUAAUCUGAAAAGUGGAAAGAAAAACUAGCUGCAUGGAAAAUGUGUAACGCGAAAGACAUUACAGAGAAUUUAAGAGCAGCGAACAUGACCUGUACAUCAAUAAUUCAUAUCCCUAAUCAAUAAGCAUAUAAUUCUUUUUUUUUUUUUUCUAUCCAUGCCUCAGUAUAUUUUCACCAACAAUAGCAUCCUCAAUUUUGACAGCAUAGAUAUUGUUAAAGUUCCAGUUCAGGUUUGGAAAUCUGCAAAGAUUUAUUGUACAAGAAAAACCGAUAGGUUAUUGAAACAAAUGCAAGGGUAGAUAAACCAAGAAUCGGCACUCAUUAUCACUGCUU